AUGGUAAAAAUUAACAUUAUCAACUUCCCAGACAGUGUGAGGUAUGCCAAGGAAGUGGAGUUCUUACAGUUGAUGCAAGGAGAGAUGUCCGUAUCUGAGCAUGCGGAGAAGUUCAAGCACUUGGGCAGAUUUCACACCUUGAGGAUGGCAGAAGACUGGCAGUGUAGGAAGUUUGAGAAUGGGUUGAGAGGUGAUCUCAAACUCAUGGUGGCUCCACUCUCUAUAAAGGAGUUCCCUGCUCUAGUGGAAAAAGCAAGAGUAAUGGAGAAGCUGAAAGCGGAAGUUGAGGCCCAGCAGCAGUCUCAACAGAAGGUGGGAGGACCAUCUGGGUCCACGAGCCGACAGGAUGAUAGGAGGAAGCCCUACUCCAGACCUCCGCCUCAGGGGUCCAGGAGGUUCUCACCACAGUCACAUCAGUCUCCUCAGCAUCAGUCCCCUCAGCACCUUUCUUCCAGGACUCGGUGUUUUCAGUGCGGAGGGCCCCAUAUGAGGAGCACUUGUCCUCAGCUUGGUAGUAGGCGGGCGUGUUAUAGAUGUGGCCAGGAAGGUCACAUUCUCAGAGAUUGCCCUACUGGCCGGAGCACAGUGCCAAGACUUUCGGCACAGUCGCAGCCGCAGCAGACACGGGGAAGUGCUAGACCUCAGGCAGCUGGUAGAGUAUAUGCCAUGACGGGCACAGAGGCGAACAAAGCAGGAGCGACACACUCUUUUGUGUCGAAGUCUAUAGUGUUGGAGUUGGGUCUUCCGGCGAAGGAGCUCCAGUAUGACCUGGUGGUGUCCACGCCUGCUUCUGGGUUGAUCAGAACCUCGACCUUGUGUGCUAGGUGCCGGAUCGAGGUUGAGGGACGCCAAUACCGGGUAAACCUGAUCUGUUUACCUUUGGAGGGCUUGGAUGUGAUUUUGGGAAUGGAUUGGCUAUCCGCUAAUCACAUUCUUAUUGAUUGCAAUGAGAAAAGGGUGUUGUUUCCCAACUCAGAGGAUGAAGUUAUGUUGAUGUCCUCGCAGCAGGUGGAUCAGGCCAUCCAAGAGGGAUCCCAGUGUUUCUUGAUUCUAACUCAACUAUCUGUUGAAAAGGAGGACGGACACCUUGAGACGGCAGUGGUGAGGGAAUUCUCUGAUGUGUUCCCUGAUGAGGUACCCGGCUUGCCCCCACCCAGAGAAAUCGAGUUCUCUAUUGACCUAGUACCUGGAGCAGGGCCAGUAUCAAUAGCACCUUACAGGAUGGCUCUUGCUGAACUGGCAGAGUUGAAAAAGCAGAUUGAGGAACUGCUAGAGAAACAAUUCAUCAGGCCCAGUGUGUCACCUUGGGGAGCGCCGGUGUUGCUUGUUAAGAAAAAGGAUGGCAGCUCCAGGCUUUGUGUAGAUUACCGGUAA